AUGAGCAGCCACGGCAAUAGCCUGUUCCUGCGGGAGAGCGGCCAGCGCCUUGGCGGGGUGGGCUGGCUGCAGGGGCUGCAGGACAGCGUGCAGCAGAGAGCGCUGCGCACCCGCCUGCGCCUGCAGACCAUGACUCGAGAGCACGUGCUGCGCUUCCUGCGCCGGAAUGCCUUCAUCCUGCUCACUGUCAGCGCCGUGGUCAUAGGGGUCAGCCUAGCCUUUGCUUUGCGCCCGUACCAGCUCACCUACCGUCAGAUCAAGUACUUCUCCUUCCCUGGUGAGCUUCUCAUGAGAAUGCUGCAGAUGCUGGUGUUGCCCCUCAUUGUCUCCAGCCUGGUCACAGGUAUGGCUUCCUUGGACAACAAGGCAACAGGGCGGAUGGGCAUGAGGGCAGCUGUGUACUACAUGGUGACCACGGUCAUUGCGGUCUUCAUUGGCAUCCUCAUGGUCACCAUCAUCCAUCCUGGAAAGGGCUCUAAGGAGGGGCUGCAUCGUGAGGGCCGCAUUGAGACCAUCCCCACAGCUGACGCCUUCAUGGACCUGGUCAGAAAUAUGUUUCCACCCAACCUUGUGGAGGCCUGCUUCAAACAGUUCAAGACACAGUACAGCACGAGGGUGGUGACCAGGACCGUGGUGCGGACAGAGAAUGGUUCUGAGCUGGGUGCCUCCAUGCCGCCUCCGUCCUCAAUGGAAAAUGAAACCAGCAUCCUGGAAAAUGUCACUCGGGCCCUGGGCACCCUGCAGGAGGUGCUCAGCUUUGAGGAGACCGUGCCUGUGCCGGGUUCAGCCAACGGUAUCAAUGCCUUGGGCCUCGUGGUCUUCUCUGUGGCCUUUGGGCUGGUCAUUGGUGGCAUGAAACACAAGGGCCGGGUCCUGAGGGACUUCUUUGACAGCCUCAAUGAGGCUAUUAUGAGGCUGGUGGGCAUCAUCAUCUGGUAUGCACCUGUGGGCAUCCUGUUCCUGAUUGCUGGCAAGAUUCUGGAGAUGGAAGACAUGGCCGUCCUUGGGGGUCAGCUGGGCAUGUACACACUGACUGUCAUCGUGGGCCUGUUCCUCCACGCUGGCGUUGUGCUGCCCCUCAUCUACUUCCUCAUCACCCAUCGGAACCCCUUCCCCUUUAUUGGGGGGGUGCUGCAGGCCCUCAUCACUGCCAUGGGCACCUCUUCCAGCUCUGCAACCCUGCCCAUCACCUUCCGCUGCCUGGAGGAGGGCCUGGGUAUAGACCGCCGCAUCACCCGAUUUGUGCUGCCGGUGGGGGCCACCGUCAACAUGGAUGGCACUGCCCUCUAUGAGGCCUUGGCUGCCAUUUUUAUUGCUCAAGUCAACAACUAUGAGCUCAACCUGGGCCAGAUCACCACAAUCAGCAUCACGGCCACAGCGGCCAGCGUUGGGGCUGCUGGCAUCCCCCAGGCCGGCCUGGUCACCAUGGUCAUUGUGCUCACGUCUGUUGGGCUGCCCACGGAAGACAUCACACUGAUCAUAGCUGUGGACUGGUUCCUGGACCGGCUUCGCACGAUGACCAACGUGCUGGGGGACUCCAUUGGAGCGGCCGUCAUUGAGCACUUGUCCCAGAGGGAGCUGGAGUUGCAGGAGGCUGAGCUCACCCUCCCUAGCCUGGGGAAGCCCUACAAGUCACUCAUGACACAAGAAAAGGGGGCGUCCAGGGGCCGGGGAGGCAACGAGAGUGCCAUGUGAGGGGCCUUCAGCUCUUCUCCAAGGCAGGAGGAAGGGGACUGGGGAGGGGACCCUGAGGACAGUCUGCUGCUCAGCCGACCCUGGGCUGCACACAGGUUCUGCUUGGCUUCUUUGUGAGAGGGACUAAGAUAAAGGAGCAGGAGUGAAAG